AUGACAGCCACACAAAUUCCCUCGCAUCCUCACAUCAAAACAUCAGACAAUGGCUCAGCCCAGCUCAUUGUCAAGGGCAAGCCCUUUCUCAUGCUGCCCGGCGAGCUUCACAAUUCCUCACUGAGCUCUGCAAAGUUCAUGAGCGAAGUCUGGCCUGCGAUGAAGGCUGACCGUGUCAACACAUUACUCGGCUCAAUAACAUGGGAAAUGAUUGAGCCCAAAGAGGGCGAGUUUGACUUCAGUGAGCUUGACCGGGUGCUCGAAGGCGCCAGACAGCACAACAUGCACCUCGUUCUGCUUUGGUUUGGAACAUACAAGAACGGACUUUCCACAUAUACUCCAACAUGGGUCAGGACAGAUCCCAAGCGAUUCCCCAGAGUUCAGGUUAUGGAGGCUGGAGGUGUCAAGAGAACACUCGAGAUGAUCACUCCUCUAUGCGACGCCGCUUGCGAAGCUGAUUCCAAGGCUUUUGCAGCCCUCCUGCGCCACCUCCGGGAGGUUGACUCUCAACACCAAACUGUUCUCAUGGUACAAGUUCAGAACGAGACAGGAGUCUUGGGAGAUUCUCGCGAUAGAUCGCAGAGAGCCAACAAAGCCUUUGCUGAGCCUAUUCCCGCUGAUCUUGUUCAGCACCUCAGCCAAGUCGAUACCCAUCCCAGAUUCAAGAAGCGCAUCCCCAGUGUCUCUUCAUCAGAAACCUACACAUGGGAGUCUCUCUUCGGUCGUGGAACCGCUGCAGAUGAAGCCUUCAUGGCACACCUCAUCUCUUCUUACGUAGGAAGAGUUGCUGCAGCUGGAAAGAAGGAGUACCCCAUCCCCUUGUACACAAACACAUGGCUCAACAUCGAAAGCUCAUCAGAGCUGGACUUUUCUGGAGGUGCACCAGUCGUGGUCGGUGGUGGCGACAGCCCUGGUGUUUACCCUUCAGGUGGCCCUUGCCCUCACGUCUUGGAUAUCUGGCGAUACAACACACCUGCCCUAGACUUACUCGCGCCAGACUUGUAUUUCCACGACUAUGAGACUGUAUGCCGUAACUACACAGAGCAAGGCAACACACUAUUCAUCCCGGAGCAGCGCCGCGAUGAGUACGGAGCACGACGAGUGUGGUUGGCAUAUGCUACUUACGGCGCUCUCGGUGCUAGUCCAUUCGGUAUUGACACAGGCUCUGAUGUGAUCGGUCGUGAGUUCAAGCUUCUCGACCAGACCAAGCAAUAUCUUCUUGAUGCCGCGCCCAAAGACCGCUUCGGUUUCUUCUUCGACGACGAGCCAAGCGAGAAGAAACCCGAGAAAUGGACUCGAGUAUUCGGAGAUAUCGAAGUUAUUGUCGAGCGAUGCUUCGUCUUCGGAAAGCCCGGUCCCGGUGGUGGUAUGGUCAUCCACUUGGGUAACUCCAAGUUCCUUCUUGUUGGUCGGGGCUUCCAUGCACGAUUCAAGGCAGCUCGUGAGGGAGCUACGUUUGGUGGUAUCCUCCAAGGAUGGGAGAAAGAGGUCGAUGAGAAUGGAAACUUGCAAACUCUCAGGGUUCUCAACGGAGAUGAGACAAGGCAUGGAGAGUUUAUGAUGAUGCCUAAUGAUGAUCCUGACUAUGGUGGUUUCCCCAUUGCGGUUACACCUGGAGCGAGGACGUGUAUUGCUGAGGUUCAAGCGUAUUGUAUUACCGAGGAGGAGGAUGAUAGGUAA